AUCCCAUACCCAUAUAUAUGAGCCAUUAUCCAUGAAAUCGCAACAGUUUUCAUUUCAUUCUGUGCGAGUGUCCAACGACAAGUGUUAUAACAUCAAUUUUAAAGGGAAAAAUGGAAAAUGUAAACAAUUGGAAAGCUGGAUGUGUAUUGUUGACUGUACUGUUGGGAUUUAUUGAAAAAAGUGACACAAUUCAGGCAUGGGGCACACAAGUUGGUCGUGCGCCAUUACUCGAGAGAUACGCAUGGAAUAUAUUGGACUUUGCAUAUCCCGACGAUGUAAGCAGACAGGCAGCGAUUGACAAGGGCGAUUACAUUCCCGAAAAUGCACUCCCAGUGGGAAUUGAAAUCUGGCGGAACAAACUUUUUGUCACUGUUCCCAGAUGGCGAGACGGAAUUCCAGGAACUCUAAAUUACAUUUCCUUAGACACAAAUCCCAAUGGAGCGCCAAAAUUGAAUCCAUAUCCGAAUUGGGCACAAAAUACAGCGGGAGCGUGCGGUAGUGGUUUGACAACAGUCUACAGAAUACAUGCAGAUGCAUGCGACAGACUUUGGGUAUUAGACACAGGAACAAUUGGAAUUGGAAAUACAACAGUUCAAGCUUGUCCCUAUACACUUAAUGUUUUCGAUUUGACAACUGACAAAAUUCUCAGGCAAUAUAAACUUCGACCCGAAGACAUCAAUCAGAAUACAUUCAUAGCAAAUAUUGCAGUGGACUUGGGAAAGAAUGGUUGCGACGAUGCAUUCGCCUAUAUGUCAGACGAAUUGGGCUAUGGUUUAAUUGUUUAUUCAUGGGCAUUAAAUAAAUCGUGGCGAGUGACACAUGGCUUUUUUAUGCCCGAUCCAUUACGCGGUGAUUAUAAUAUUGGCGGAUUAAAUUUCCAAUGGAGUGAGGAGGGCAUUUUUGGCAUGAGUCUGUCGCCAUUGGCCGCCGAUGGUUUUAGAACAUUAUUCUUUCAUCCUUUAAGUAGUAAUCGAGAAUUCGCAGUAUCGACCAGAGUUCUUCGAGACGAACAGCUGGCCCUCGAUAGUUAUCAUGAUUUUCAGCCAUUAUCAGAACGAGGACCACUUUCGCAUUCAACAGCAGAAAUUAUGGAUGAAAAUGGACUUCAGUUCUUUAAUUUAGUGGACCAAAAUGCAGUAGGAUGUUGGAAUUCUCUUUUACCAUUUAGUCCAGCGAAUCAUGCAGUCGUUGCAAGGCACGACGAGGCCAUAAUUUUCCCCGCUGAUGUCAAGAUUGACCGACGAGGUACACUUUGGAUUAUUUCCGAUAAAAUGCCAGUUUUCCUCAUGUCGACCUUGAACUACACAGACAUUAACUUCAGAAUAUUAACGGUACCAGUUCAGGAUGCAAUUGCCGGCACUGUUUGUGACACGGCGCCCUGGAAGUACGUCAGUAAUCAUCUUUGGUGGAAUCGAUGAUAAAUGAUGGAGAGAGACAGGAAAAAAAUCAAGAAAAAAAGACAAAAAACGAUUUUCUUUAUAAUUGUAAAAAAAAUUGCGAGUUUAGAAACGAAUGAAGAAAAUUGUUCUUUGAAAAAAAUACUCGACUUUAUUGGAUGUUGGGGAGAGGAGGGAAAAUGUUUCUUAUUUUUUUUAAUUUUAUAGGAAUUAUAAUUAAUUUUUAUAUAGACAAAUUAUUUAUUAUUAUUUAAUACUUCUUUAAAUGUACCACAAUUUUUUAAA